AUGGCAGAGGGGGACAGCGAAGACGGCUCUGCGGGCCCCUACUCUUUCACGCUUCCCGAUGGCAACACUUUUCCGAGCGCAGGUACAUACACGGGUCUUGCGACAGCUCGUUAUCCGAAUGGAGAUUCCUACGAAGGGGACUAUGUAAACGGGCAGAAGGAAGGACGAGGCGUUUACACGUAUCGAAAUGGGGACAAGUUUCAGGGCGAAUACAAAGCCAACAAGAGGACAGGCCUUGGGCGAACUGAUUACUCUGCGGGAGGCUUCUAUCACGGGAACUACGAAAACGGUCGCAGAUCUGGAGAAGGCACGCGACGUUAUGCCAACGGAGACAUUUACUACGGGCAGUGGAAAGACGGCAAGCAAGACGGCUAUGGCACGUACAUCUUCAACACGACAAAGUACAAAUUUGUGGGGCACUGGAAGGCAGGGAGGAUGCUGGAAGGCUCCUGGAGAUGGCGAAAUAGCACGGCCUACGACGGCAAGUUUGAGCUGAACAAACCUUGUGGCGACGGGACGUGGUCGUUUGCGAACGGCACUCGCGUGCGCGGCACUUACGCGCAGCGCGUGUUGCCUGUCGACGACAGCCCAGAUGACGAGCCACACCCUGCACAGAAAGUAGAACUGCACUGGACAACAGAGGGCAUUUCGGCUACCUGA